AACGUCUCGGACUAUCGUAACAUCGAUUGAUUGGGGGGGGGGAGCGGGGCGUCGCUAACCAUUUAAAUACAAUGGUGAAAUGCAAUUCAAUCACUAAGCCCUCAGCACACAUAGGCAACCAUUUAAGUACAAUCGCGAAAUCCAAUCCAGUUCAAUUCAAUCACCAACCACUCACGAGCAAUGUCCACCUUUGGAGCUGAUGUGGACCAGGUUUGGCCGGCGGUCACUGGAGAUGCCCAGCCACUGUCCGCUUUCGGACGCAAGUUGCUGAAGGAUUGCCGGCAGGUGAUUAAGCCCGUUUCGGGAGAUGAUGACUUGCAGAAGCUGAUGGCCAAGUCCGAGGAGUUUCCCCUGGAGUUCGGCGUGGAGAGUGUCCGCGUGAAGAAGCAAUCUCCUCGGCGGUUGGACAGGAUCAACCAGCAGGUGAGCUCCGCCUAUCCGCUGAUACACGAACGCACUUUGGGCCUCUACCUGCAGUACCUGGAGCACAAGUGUCACUUUGGCAACUCCGUGGAGAAGCCCAUCUAUCGGCCGCUCUCCCUGUGCGACUUUGUGCAGCGCCUGCUGGAGAAGCGCUGCGCCAGCUUCUUUGCCCGCAACGACAAGUACUUGCUGCUGGGCGGCGAGACCGGGGCCAGUGGCUUCGAAUCCGUGGGCUCGCUGGAGGAGACAGCGCCCCUGGUGCUGGCCAACGUGCUGAGCUACGACGACAUCAAGCUGUCCGCCCUGCUCUCCGUCAGCUCCCACACGGAGUUUGUCAACGAGGGCGAGCGUACCAACUGCGGACGCGUUGACCGGCACACCACGACCUUGCAGGAAAGCGGCGUUAUCGUGGGCAUGAUUGGGGCCCGGCUCUCCAGGCGCAAUCUCAUGGAGUUCCAGGACAUUGUGAUCGCUCGCCAGCAGAACACACGCGACAGGGGCUACGGCAUGGCAUUGGAUGAGCCUGCUGGCACGCGGGCCGAGGAUUACCGGCGCCUGUGGCGCGGCUUCUAUGCCACGCGGGACCUUGUGCACGGUGAGGCCAGCAUUGAUAACCGGCGCUUUGGGCCCUCGCGAAACAAGCUGGACGUCUUCGACAAUCUGGUGAUGAAACGGCGCUACGCCAUCAGCUUCGACAUGCUGCUGCUGGAGGCGCAGGCGAGGGCGAAGCGUGUCAACCAGCUGGCCUACAUCCAUGUGGUGGGCUUCGGUCUGGGCGUGUGGAAGGCGGCCGCCCAGCAGGAGCGCAUCUUCCUGGAGACCUUCGAGCAGCGCAUGCGCACGCUGGGCAGCCGGCUGGGGCACAUUGGUCUCGUGCACUUCUCCUGGUUCUCGAUCACCGACUGCGGCAGUCUGCGCAACGGCGCAUUGCUGGACAUUCCCGGCCAUCCAAAGGGCGGCAUUAGGGUGCUCAAUUCGAAGCGCAAUCCGGCCCGGAAGCUGACCACCCCUGAGCACGGCGAUAUGCUGCUCGUUGUGUCCUACGCCUGGGACGGCAACGCACUGCCCGGUAACGAAUUCUGGAUGAAAAUGCUGAAGUCCACGGGAGACUCGUCGACAGCUUGCUCCACCCUCGUGGCCGAGCUGCAUAAUCCGUACAUCAACACGGUCUUCUGCAACGGAAGCAACCUGCACAUCGCCUCGCCGGAGCACGGGGUGCUUCACAUUGCCGAAUAUGCCAAGCGGGUGAUCCCGAGCUAGAUCAGCUAGAUGAAAUAAGUAGAUCUAUUCGACUAUCUAAUCUUAUCUAAUCGUGUGUGCGCAGCUACUGUUCUACUCCACGCUUGUUGUAGGUCAUUUCCAUGACCUUUUUAUUUAACCAUCUUGAAGUUGUUUAGAAAAGUUUCGAAAAUAUUGGUUCAACCGGCGGCUUUAUGUUUGUAAAAAGUGUAAAUACAUGAGUGUAAAUGCAA